CAACAGCAAGGUAGCUUGACGUUGGCGUGUGUUGUCGUACGGUUGGUUGUUGGACUCGUGUUCUUACCAGUGUUCUUAGCGACGACUUCAGAAUGCAAGUCAGAGAUUUAUUCGACAAACUUCGACAGUUUGAUGCUUAUCCAAAGACGCUAGAAGAUUUUCGCAUCAAGACGUAUGGAGGUGCUAUAGUAACCUUGCUGAGUGCCGUGAUCAUGUUCACUCUGUUUGUUUCGGAACUGAAUUAUUACUUGACAAAAGAAGUGCAUCCAGAAUUAUUUGUUGAUACAUCUAGGGGCCAGAAACUUCGUAUCAAUGUUGACAUUACCUUUCAUCAUCUACCCUGUGCAUAUCUGAGUGUUGAUGCAAUGGAUAUAUCAGGCGAACAGCAAAUUGACUUGGAAACAAAUUUAUUGAAACAGCGACUGGACUCUACAGGCAAUCCUAUUAAUGAGACACCCCAGGAACAGAAGAUUGGAGAACCUACAAGUGUAACUAAUGAGAUAACAACAGAGAAGCUAGACCCAGACAGAUGUGAGAGUUGUUAUGGAGCAGAGACAGAUGAUAAAAGAUGCUGCAAUAAUUGUGAAGAUGUCCGAGAGGCAUAUCGCAAGAGAGGCUGGGCAUUUAAUAAUCCAGAGUCUAUUGAACAAUGCAAGCGUGAAGGAUGGUCAGAAAGCAUGCAGGCUCAGAAGAAUGAAGGCUGUCAAGCAUUUGGUUACUUGGAAGUGAACAAAGUAGCUGGAAAUUUUCAUUUUGCACCAGGCAAAAGUUUUCAACAGCAUCAUGUGCAUGUCCAUGAUCUUCAAGCAUUUGGAGGACAAAAGUUUAAUGUCACUCACCGGAUUAAUCAUCUGUCAUUUGGGCAAGACUAUCCAGGCAUUGUCAAUCCUUUAGAUGGACACCAUGAAUCUGCUUCAAGUUUACAGAUGAUGUUCCAGUAUUUUGUCAAGAUUGUGCCAACCACUUACACAAAAAUCAAUAGUGAGACUCUCUACACAAACCAGUUCUCGGUGACAAAACAUUCCAAAACAGUCUCCAGUGGUUCAGGAGAAGGUGGUCUCCCUGGCGUUUUUUUCAUCUAUGAGCUCUCACCAAUGAUGGUCAAAUACACAGAAAAGCAGAGAUCUUUCAUGCACUUUUUAACGGGAGUUUGUGCUAUUGUAGGAGGCAUUUUCACAGUUGCAGGAUUGAUAGACUCUGUGAUCUACCACUCUGCCCGUGCCAUCCAGAAGAAAAUAGAACUAGGAAAAGCCUCUUAGUACUCUUUUACUCAUAUAGACUGUCAUUGUAUCAUUGAGAUUGGGUGGGAGGUACUCCAGGGUCUAUGUUAUUAAAUGGAAUUGUAUGAACUAUCACAUCUUUUUGGCAAAUUCUUUUCUCUUUUCUUGGUGAGAACAUCACAUACUAAAUAAGAUUAAUUCUGAACACAUUGAAAUUUUAAUGAGAAAUGAAAGAUCAGAAAAAAGUGAUAUGUGAUGCAACUAUUGCAGACAUGUAACAAGGUGAAAUCCUUUUAUUCUGAGAGAUUCCAAAAGACUGAGCAUAUCAAAAAAACUGUAUUGCUUUUGAUAAAAUAUUAGCAUGGCGUAAUAAACAUAAACCAAUCUCGUACAAUGAAAAAAAAAAGUAUUUUUAUGGUCUGGUCUUGAAAAGUGAAGAUAGCUGGUUGUUUGUGUGACCAUAACAAGGUCAAAAGUGCAUAAAGUAACAAAUUAUAUUCAUGUACCUAAACAGUGCCCACUAAACAUUCAAAAUCAAUAAUUAAUGUGUGUGAAUGUUUCUGUCAGUGUGUUUGCAUCAUCUAAAGAUAUGAAAAUGCUAUCACCAAAAGAUGAUUUUCAUUAGUCGAUCUAAAUAUAUUUUAAGAUCUACGCUCCACCUUUUGGCAUUUAAGUUCAUUCAAUCUUCACAAAGGCAUGCAUACUAUGCUUUAUUUGACAUAAUACAAAGGACGACUGCUGACAGUGUGUACAUAUGUACAAAGUGAAACUCUGCUAUACACUAAUUUAUCUGUGGUGCCAACCUUCAGCAACAUCUUCUUGACAUCUGAACUGACUGUCAAAGGCAUUGAUUUCGGAACAGAAAUCCCUUAUGUGUUUAUAUUAAAAAACAAGGCUAACAAGGUUUUCUUUUCACUGAUCACAUCAUUGUGUUGGAUCCGGUAGAAAGGAUUAAGAUUUUCAGCAGUAGCUACAUGUUGCUGUGCUGUCUAGAUUAAUUCUUCAGUAUUUAGCUUGAAAACUUUGUUUGACUGGACUGAAUAGCAUUCUUCACAGUUAUUAAAUAAUCUGCACAUUAAAUUAUCUUUCAGAUUGUUGCAAUAUCAAGUUUUACAUGUGCUACCAGAAUCUAAUUCCACAAUGUGUUGACAGUAUCGAAACUGCUGCAGAUUUGAAGCACUUUUAAUUGCAUUCCUCUUUAUUUUGUUAUUGGAAUUUUUUAGGGGUUACAAAUGACUUAAGUCUUGAUUUAUUUUGGAAAAGUUACUGUAGAUAUAAGUAGCUUGAAAUACACGCACUUGGAUACAUUUACUGAAAGAAAAGUUAUCAUGCACCAUCCACUCUGACACUUUAAUACUCUAAGAUUAAGCUAUUUAAAAACUUUAGAAAUAGAGUAGAAGAAAGAUUUUGAAAUGUUAAAAAUUAUGAAUGUGUAGAUUAUAUUUGGGGAAAAAUGAGUGAGGCAACAGUCCUUAGAAACAUAUUUGACUUCUGAUUAGCAUAGAAGCCAAUAGUGUUUUUAAUGAAAAUUUGCAACCACUCAGUUAUAAGCUGUUGCUAUGAUUGAAAUUAUUACUUGACAUUUUCUCUGUAGUUUUUCCAACAUACAAAUGUGCAUCUAUUUAGGUAUGUAUGCAUACAUACAGUGAAGACAUACAUACCUAAACCUGUAUGUAUAGAAAUGCAGACUGAGACUUAUAAAACAGCAAAAGCUUGUGUCAUGCAGUCUUAACACAGUUUGCUGUGUGUGCUUGCUUCUGAUGAUUGGCUGUUUUUUAAUCCACUGGAUAGGUUGCUCUUGUCAUGUGAGGAUAAGAGUCCUUUUGAUAGUUUAAUAUUAAUCUUUGUACUUUCCUUCUCAUCAACAUGUAGGCCUUGGGACAAACAACUACUUAUCUUUCUCUUGUAAUCAAUGCCAUCAUGAUUCUCAUGAAAAUGAUGCGCAUGUUUCUGGUGGUUUUAUUUUUAUUAUCAUUUUCUGGUUAAUUCAUGUAUUUAUAGCUACAAAAUGAGCCCUCAGCAGUGGUGAACUUAAUAUGCUGAAAACUGUACAAAGUAAACAUUGAUGUGCACUGUAAAACUAAAGUUAUAAGAAGUCCACAUUUAUUUUCACAUGGACAUGGCUAUGAAGAGGUUGAAGAGUUAGUAAAGCCACUGUGAUUCUGUUGAGGCUAAAAGUUUAAGUUUGGUUAAGGGUGACACUUUAUAGAAUUUUGUCUUGUUUUUUGUGCUCAGAACAUCUUUACAUACUUUAACAGAUACAAUUUUAUCCUUAUUUAUUUUUGUGUGGCAGGUUUAUUUGUUGAGUUUGGUUUAUGUAGUUAAUGUAUUUUAACAUAAUAUGCAUUAAAAUUUAAAUGUACCAGAUCAGUAAAACAUUAUACAGAAUACCGA